AUGAGCUUCCAGGGCACUAGAGGGGUAGGCGGGACUGGAACAAACGCAAACAUGGCGGCGUCCUUAGAUGAUGAUUUUGAGUCUAAUAAUCAGGAUUACUACUCUCUUCUCAACGUUAGGAAAGAGGCUACAUUAGAGGAACUAAAGGCAUCAUAUCGGAGGCUAUGUAUGCUCUAUCAUCCUGACAAACAUCGAGAUCCUGAACUGAAAAGUCAGGCUGAACAGCUGUUUAACCAGGUGCACCAAGCAUAUGAAGUUCUGAGUGAUGAUCACUCUAGAGCCAUCUAUGACAUCUUUGGGAAAAAAGGACUGGAGGUUGAAGGCUGGGAGGUGGUGGAGAGAAAAAGAACACCAGCAGAAAUUCGUGAGGAGUAUGAAAGACUUCAGAGAGAAAGAGAAGAGAGGAGACUGCAGCAAAGAACUAACCCUAAGGGCACCAUCAGCGUGGGUGUGGACGCUACAGACUUGUUUGACCGUUAUGAUGAAGACUUUGAAGAGAUGCCAGGAGGAGGGUUUCCUCAUAUUGAAAUCAACAAGAUGCACAUUUCACAGUCCAUAGAGGCUCCUUUGACAAACUCCGACACAGCAGUGUUGUCAGGCUCACUCUCUACACACAAUGGGAAUGGAGGGGGCAACAUUAACAUGACUGUUCGAAGGGUUACAUCAGCCAAGGGAUGGGGAGAGGUGGAGUUUGGUGCAGGAGACAUACUUGGACCUCUCAUUGGAUUAAAGGUGUUUCGUAACGUCACUACACGUUGUUUCUUGACAGCUCAGUGUGGUCUGCAGUUCUCUCCUCGAGGUUUACGGCCAAGCUGUUCUCUGAUGACAGCACGCCACCUGGACCAGAACACAAUGGGCUAUCUACAGUGGCGUUGGGGACCCAACAGCGCCAUGACAACUAGCCUGGUCCGAGACACAAAAAGCAGCCACUUUACUCUCGCUCUGCAGCUUGGCGUUCCUCACUCCUACCUGAUGAUGAGCUACCAGUAUAAAUUCCAGGAUGAAGACCAGACCAAAGUUAAAGGCUCUGUGAAGACGGGCUGGUUCGGCACUGUGGUGGAAUAUGGAGCAGAGAGGAAGAUCAGCCGACACAGUGUCCUGUCAGCGACUGUCAGCAUCGGGGUCCCUCAGGGAGUCACGCUCAAGAUCAAGCUGGUGCGUGCCAGUCAAACAUACCUGUUUCCAGUCCACCUGACAGAUCAGCUUCUGCCAAGUGCUGUGUUUUAUGCCACUGUUGGACCGCUACUGUUCUACAUGGCUGUCCACAGACUGGUCAUCAUCCCAUAUACACGGGCACAGAAGGAGGAAGAGCUGGAGCUGCAGAGAAAGAGCUCAGCCACAGACAUCGCCAAGAAGAAGCAGGAGGCAGAGACUGCUGUUCUGCUGAUGCAGGAGUCUGUGAGGAGAAUCAUAGAGGCGGAAGAAUCCAAGAUGGGCCUGAUCAUCCUGAAUGCCUGGUACGGAAAGUUUGUGUCUGACACCAGCCAGAAGCAGGAAAAAGCAAAGGUGAUUGAUGUCACCGUGCCUCUGCAGUGCCUGGUCAAAGACUCCAAACUCAUCCUCACAGAGUCUUCUAAGGCUGGACUGCCAGGAUUCUACGACCCCUGUGUGGGAGAGGAGAAAAGUCUCAAAUUACUGUACCAGUUCAGAGGUGUCAUGCACCAAGUCAUCUCUGCAGACACUGAGCCACUAAGGAUACCCAAGCAAUCCCACAGAAUUGAGUCUGAGUCUUAAGCGCCCAGCAGAUGUUGGGACAACAGAGAUAAAAAUAGACUUUCUCUAAUCAGAAAAACCGUGAGUGGAGGAGACACACCAACAAUAAGUCUUUUUUCCUCCCCUCUGCUCCUCUUCUGUCAUGGUAUUAGUGAAUCUGUUUAUCCUCCAUGCCUUCCUUUUCCUGUGGACCAUCUCUGAGGUUCAGCACCACGCAGGAGUGGCAUCAGAGUUUCUACAAGGUGUCACUCUUUGUGUCUCAAAAUCUGCCUGCUGCAGGAGAUCAAUCUCCCAAAAACGUAGAUUAAUAUAUGCACUACAUAGAAGAACUAAAAUCUCCACGGACGUGGGGAUCAUUGCUGUUAAUGAUCAGCUACAAGUACACAGAGAGAUUCUAAGAUGGUUCUUGACAUUUCAGAUGUCAAGUUUAUACAAAUGAGCCGUGCUUUAGUUUUAUUCCAUACGUUGUAGUCUUUGUUCUGUGUUUGUGUCAGCCCGCUAGGUUCAAAAGCAAAUAAUCUUAAAACAUUCCUGUCAUUAUACUAAAUCAUGCUAAUGUUUAACACUAUGCAGGAUCGUGUCUCAGACACCCUGAGUUUGACCAUGACUGAGCACUGAUUUUUUUUUUUUGUUUUUUUGUUUUUUUGUUUUUUUGCCUUUUUGUGACACAUCUGCUGCUCAUAGGAGUGCCAGUCAGGAGCUGUAAACUGGUGCUCAGAAUUUCUGUCUGUAACAGAUUGGAUGUGAUGGUUUAGGGAGAGAUUGAACAUGAGGUGAAAGCUUUGGUUUUGCCACACUGAAUGAGUGACAGGCUUAAAAAUCUUCACACAGAUACACAUAUCUCAGGCCAGCCUGGAAAUUGAAGGCAAAAGUUCCAGCAGGAUUGGAUUUGCACUGAUGUGUAUUGGUCAGAUUGAAUAUGUAUGAAGCAACAAUGGAGAGAAGAAUGAGGAUUAUUGCACAGUGUGUUUGGGGUUUGGCCACUAGAGGGCAUAGAUCAACACUUUCCCUCAUGAAGGUUAGGAUUGCUGCCGACUUUAACUCCUUCCACAAACUGACCUGAGCCAUUGCCAGGAAAUUGUUCUUACCUAGCUGAUUUUGGCACAUUUAUAUGGAUAAAUUUAUUUUUGUUGUUGUUGUUGUUGUUUUUCAUUUUAUUUUAUUUUUUAAACCAAUCUUGUGCCAUACAGUUAAUGUGAUAUUAUGUUUCCUGCUUUUAAAAUGUAAAAAUAUUUGAUUGAAUUUUUCUUCAAAUAUGUAAAUGUAAUAUGUGCAGGGGUAGAAAAGAGUACAAGAAUGUUGUACCCCAGUAAAAGUACAAUUUAAAAAACAUUACAAUUUACCUAAGUAAAUAAAACUUUCUAGUCUAUAAAUCCAAUCAAGUAAAAGUUAAAUGUGAGACGUGUUAUGGCUGUGUGCCACUGACUGUCAUGAGCCAAAUAACCAACCAAUUCCAUGUGGUUCACAUAAAAGCUCGACCCCCCCUUUUGUAUUUUUUUUUAUCAACAACAGAUGCUGUGUAUGCUAACAUACAUCAGCAAAAGUAAAAUAACUGAUUUCAAAACUUGUUACUUCCCACUCCUGUUUACAUGGUAGUUCAGUGUGAUACAGUGUACAAGAUACUAAAGAAGUACUUGAGCACCAACUUUAAUGAGCGGCUUUUAUUGAAUAAUUUUAACACUAAUAUCACCUCUCUUGUAACUUAUCCUAUCUAGAGAGGUGACAGCUAAUUAAUGAUAUUGUACUUUCUGUUGGAUCUAUAUCUAUAAUAUAGGUGAUAUAGCAUUAAUCUCUUUUUUUGCAUCAAAAACACAUUAGAAUUAUAAAUGUUUAUUUCUCACUUCAUUUCAGUUGUAAAGAAGAAAUGUGAAAGAAGGAUUCUGUUGGGGCAAUUCAGGCUAAAGGGAAUAAAUGAAAAUAGUCAAACUAUCUACUGUAGGAUACAGAUCGUGGUUUAUGAAACACAAAGGUAAUUUUUGCACAACAUGCACAUUAUAUCAAAUGUCAGAUAUCUGUCAGAAAAUAGGUGCUGAAACUAAUAACUGGACCUUGCCUCCAGCUGCUUAUAUACAGAUGCAGGAAACUGUUCUCCCAGCUUAUCAACCUAAAGUAAAUUAUUCUCAUAAAGGUGUUUCUUUGUCAGAAAACGUAAGCUAGUUAAUUUAACAAUAAGAGGUAGUAUUUGUCAGACUGCAUAACAUUAAAUGAACUGAAGGAAGUUCCUAUUCACUUCAAAAGAACAGAAUACAACCCUGUUUUCUAACUACUUUUAUGGGUGUUGACAUCCUCUUCACUUUUCUUUCCCAGUGCUGUUGGGUGACAUUUUGCCACUCUUGAAAUUCAUUGCGGCUUUUUACGAUGGCUUGCCUAAUAAUCAUCAAAUCAGUAUUUUAAUAAGUUGAAGUAUUGUAUUCUGUCGUUUGAAAAUGAAAAGUAACUUUUCUCUUAAAAAAACAAAACAAAAAACAAACCAAAAAAAAGCAGAGUAUUUUAUUUGCAAGUUAUUAGGUUGGGAAAGUGUAAACAAUAAAGACACAAACUUAUUGAAAAUAGUAGCACCAGAAUAACCAUAUUUUCACAGGGGUUUCUUAAUUUUUUACAGAGCUGUAGUCGUCUUUAUAUACCUGCCUGCCCGCCUUUCAUCAGUUUAGGGUUAACUGUAACUGAAAUGCAGAGCAGCUGGCGACAGGUCAGCAUUAAAAUGAGUGUUUUAAGUGUAAGUCUGAAGUAUGUCCACCUCUGUCACUCUUCAUUGAGAGCCAUAUGAGCCAUUUUGCACUGAUUCUGUUUGUUCUGAUUUUUGUGUUAAGUAUAUUAAAAGUAUCAGCUGGUCAUGUCGGCUCUGGUGCCACCAUGAGGCCAGCAGAAAGACUGCCAUUCUGCUGUGAACUCCAGCCCAUCAUCCCCACUGAACCAUUUUAGUAUGUAAAUGUAUUGCAAGGUUGAGGAGCCUGUUUUCUCUGUCCUGUAAAGACUACAAUAAAUACCCUAUAGGAGUC